CCUCCCGACCUCUCCCUCCCUCCCUCUAUCUUCCUCUUCUCUUUCUCUCCCCUGACAUUCCUCCCUGGCUUCGAAUCCAGCAACCUCGACUUUCCCCCCCCCAGAAAAGAAUUCUUUUCUCCGAUAAUUCAAAAAAUAAUGUUCUGAACAAGGUGGUCGGGGUGAUACUGGGCAGUUAAAUCUGUUUCUCCUGAAGAUUCUUCUACCGAUCCGUUGGAAACCCUCUGUACCACCUUUGCUCUCCCUCUCUCUCUCUCAUAGCUAGCUCUGGCCAAAUCUUCUUCCAGACCUGUCACAUUCCUUAAAAACGACGGACUGCCUGCUUGAGGUUGCCUGGCCGCUCGAGUCUCUUUUUUGCCAAAGGAGCUUGUUGCGGUCAUGAGUUGGGAUCACCCUGUUCACAGCUUCAGCUAUCCCACCGCCGAGCCCCAGACCCCAACAAGAACCCCCACCAUCAUCGCCACGACUGCCGUCGGCCUGAGUGAACCUGCCUUUCAGACCCCCAAGCUCGAGUCCAGCUUCUUCGACCCCCGGGUUACCUGGGACACUGCCGACCCGUAUGCUUCCAGCCCGGAGUUUCUACGCACCCCGCUGCGGUUUGGCCUGCAUACCCCUUCGAAUCCGUUAAGGAUCCCCGAUUCUCUCCCGGAGGGGGAAAGGGAAAAUGGGAAAGGAGACACUGCCAGACGGAUCCGGGCGGCCAGGCCGAAUGCGAGUGGAGGAGCCCUACCAGAUGGGAGAGAACAACAUCAACCACAGCAGCAGCAGCAGCAGCAAGGGGGGAGAGAGCACGUCAGUGAUGAUGAUUAUAUUCAGCACCUGGGAGCUCUCGGCUCCGCGGCAGUCAUGCAGACACCGCCGCCAACGAGUGCCUCCGUGAGGAAAGUGACGGGCGUGGAGAAAUUGCCCGGGUCUAUGGCCCCUGGUGGCAACAGCAGCAGCAGCAACAACAACAACAAUAUAGCCCAUCUGGAGACUCCCAGUCGGUUGCUAAGAGACUCGCCGAGGAUAUUUGGGAACCUUCAAUCAUCACCGGAUUUCUUUCAAUUGGCCGCCGUCGAUCCCUCUGCCUCGCCCUUUUUCCCGCAACAUAGGCUCUUCUGGGAUCAAGAGCCCGAGCCACACCACAGUCUAGAUCGUCACACUCCCUUACCACCGCUUCCUACCACCUCCAUUCCUCCGACCACUAAUCCUAACACCGCCUCUACUACUAGUACAGCUACGGCUAAUGCUACUACCGACACGAUUCUACCCGCCGCCCUGGCCGUUUCUUCCAUCCCUCAGCUACCCGAAAUUGGCGGCUCUAUGGACUUGCCCGAGUUUGGGGAACACCACCACGGAUUCGGCAUGGCCUCGACCGGGCCCUCGGACGCCGCUCUGUUCCCGGCGCCCUUUUCCACCUCACCACGUCUGCCUAUGACCAAGGCGGAAGACCCGGCUCUGUUUCUCAGUUCGCCGGCCCGUCGAUUUGGCGGCCCGCAACCCACGCCGCAGAAGGGUCUGUUUUCCUCCCGCCCAACACGCCAGCCGUACCACCAUCAGACCGAGGAAUCAAAACGGGAGGAGCUCCGCCGUGUACGGCAGCUCUCGGGAUCAUCCUUUAACAUGAUGGGCAGCGAAGAAGGCCACUACAACAGAGGCCCUGACAAUGAAAUCUACUGCAAUGACGACAACGACAACGACCACGACCACGACGAUGAUGAGGAAGAAGAAGAAGAUGAUGACUUCACGCCGCGGCAGAUGCGACCAGGCUUGACCCGGAGCAUGACGCAUCAUGCUGUCCCCAGCUCUCCUGCGAGUCGCCCCGCCAGCCUCUAUCGCUCCUCGUCCGGGAUGAUGGCCUCGACAAGCGGGAUCCGCAAGAGCCCCUCCAAGGGCCGGCUUUCCCCCAUCAAGACCAUGCGGCAGCCGCUACCCCGCGCCCACUCGAUGGCCGGCGGCUUCCCUACCCGAUCCAGUUCCGUGGUACUCACCAUCGGCAAGGAUGGCCGGGCCACAACGGCAAUGAUGCCGAUGACGGCCGGCUCCUCGACCGCUUCCCACCACCAGACGACGACAGGGCUGACCGAUCCUAUCAUGGGGAUGGAUCUUGAUGGGUCCGUUACUGGGAGCGAGAGCGAUUCCGCCGAAUAUUCGGACUACCCGAUUGUCCACCACCAUCACCAUAAUCACUACCGCAGCAGCAGCAGUUGGUACCCCGGUCGGUCAGAAUCACGUCCGCAUUCCAAGGGCUCCUACACCUCUAUCGCCUCCUCGCACUCGGGUCGCCAUUCGCCCUGGGCGGCCGGCUCGUCGUCGUCGUCAGUCUCGGUACAGGGCGGUGGUGGUCCACGACGCUCCACCUCCCUCUACCGACCAUCCCCUGAUGACUGGCGGCGAACAACGCCCCAGCGGCACUCGACGAUCAUGCUCCCCAACUCGGACUUUACUUACGGAAGCCUCAGCGUGGCGUCCGAGGCUCUCGCUGACCCGGAUGACGAGGACAGCGGGGAUGCCCAGCAUGCAUUACGUAAGGUCCUUCAGGGCAAAGGCCGUUCCACGGCGGGUGCAGGGCUGCUACGGCAUUCGCAGUCGGUCAACUAUGGAUCUCGACCGCCAGGUCGGUACGCCCGCUCGAUUACCGCGCAUCUACGUUCCUCGCCGCCACGAUUCGGCAGCGAACUCACCACAGACUCCAACACAUCCCCCACCACCGUCACGGAUCCAGACUUGGCAACCCCGAGCACCGACCGGCACUGCAACCCCAGCAAUGGCACGCGCUGUAUCUGUCAUUCCAUGGACAACGGGGGGCACCUCAUGAUUCAAUGUGAAUCCUGCAAUCACUGGCUGCACACCAAGUGCGUCGGGCUCGAACGCGCGAAUCUGCCCUCUGUGUACGUGUGCGUGUUUUGCGCGCAGACACCCUCGCGCUCCCUCGGACGGAAUCGACCGCGCGAUCCUAUGAACGUUCCGACCUCGCCUCUGGCCCACAAGUCGUUUCGUUUGCGAUGACUGGUCUGGCCUCGACCUUUUCCUUUGUCAGAUGUCAGCAUUAUCAUACCCCUGUAUCUCCUCUAUGUAUACAUAUCACUACUUGGUAGACCGUCCUUGAAUAAUAAAUAGCAGACAGUGGUCAUCAGCAAAGAAGUACCACAUCCUAUCUUGGGCGUUGUUUUAUAUUUGUAUUAGGAGGAUAAAGAAACGCCAGCGGAUAGUUACUCUAUACCAAUGGUCGCCAUCAGUCUGUCCAUCGGAAAAAGAACCCGACUGCUUCGGUCCAUGUUCCGAGUAAUCGGGCUGGAAUACGACUGACCUGUUGUCACACCCGUGUAUUCUCUUGCUAGCACACUAUUUAAACAAAGAAAUACUUCAAGAAUCUAAUCUUCAAUCAAAC